AUGACCCGCCUCUGCUUACCCAGGCCCGAAGCCCUUGCUUAUCCUGUCCCAGUCCCUUCCAGGGGCGUGGGUGGGGAGGGAUCGGGUAGCCCAGUGGGUCCAUGUGUGUCCCCCUGGGGCCCUAGCCAGGCCCAGGUCCUGGACAGUGUCCUAGGGCUGGGGGCACUGGGGCUGACAGUUCGGGCAGUCUUUUCCACAGCUGGCUCAGCCUCGCUGCUGCUGCUACUGGUCAGCUUACUGGCCUUCGACCUGCUCCACCGGCCUGCAGGUCCCACCUGGCCACAGCACACACAUCUCAGGGGCCAGAGUCAGGGGGCCGGCGAGGGUCCAGGGCAGCAGGAGGCUCCACUCCUGCCCACAGUGGCAGCCACAGGAUGACUCAGCCUCCAGGAGGCUCUGCUGCUGCUGCUCCUGGGCCUGGGGCUACUUCUGGGAGCCCGCGGCAUGCCCUUGGCACUGCUUGCCCUGGCUUUCUGCCUCCAUCCUUGA